GAGAGGAGGCGGAGCACACAGCUCGGGGGAGGGCGAGGCCUAAUCGGGGAGGGAGGAGCGGAGAGGAAGGGGCGGGCCGAAGUCCAACCGCUUGAGAAAAAGAGCUGUAGAGCUAGCUAUGCAGAUGGCCAUGAACGGCAGGGCCCGGAAAGAGGCAAUCCAGGCUACAGCCAGGGAGCUCCUCAAGUUCGUGAACCGCAGCCCCUCUCCUUUCCACGUCGUGGCCGAGUGCCGCAGCCGCCUCCUCCAGGCUGGCUUCCGUGAACUCAAGGAAACUGAGGGCUGGGAUAUCGUACCAGAAAACAAGUACUUCCUAACCAGAAACUCCUCUUCCAUCAUUGCUUUUGCUGUCGGGGGCCAGUAUGUUCCUGGCAAUGGCUUCAGCCUCAUUGGGGCCCACACGGACAGUCCCUGCCUCCGGGUGAAACGCAGAUCUCGCAGAAGCCAGGUGGGCUUCCACCAGGUCGGUGUUGAGACCUAUGGUGGCGGGAUCUGGAGCACAUGGUUUGACCGGGACCUGACUUUGGCUGGACGAGUCAUUAUCAAGUGCCCUACCUCAGGUCGGCUGGAGCAGAGACUUGUGCAUGUGGAGAAGCCCAUCCUGCGCAUCCCACAUCUGGCCAUCCACCUGCAGCGAAAUAUCAACGAGAACUUUGGGCCUAACACAGAGAUGCACCUAGUGCCUAUUCUUGCCACAGCUGUUCAGGAAGAGCUGGAGAAAGGGACUCCUGAACCAGGGCCUCUCAGCGCUGCUGGUGAGCGGCACCAUUCCGUCCUCAUGUCCCUGCUCUGCACCCAUCUGGGGCUGAGCCCCGAGAACAUCAUAGAGAUGGAGCUCUGCCUGGCGGACACCCAGCCUGCAGUCCUGGGUGGAGCCUAUGAAGAGUUCAUCUUUGCUCCUCGGCUGGAUAAUCUGCACAGCUGCUUCUGUGCCCUGCAGGCUUUGAUCGACUCCUGUGCAUCUCCUACCUCCCUGGCCAGGGAGCCGCAUGUGCGCAUGGUCACACUCUAUGACAAUGAAGAGGUGGGGUCCGAGAGUGCCCAAGGCGCACAGUCUCUGCUGACGGAGCUGGUACUGCGGCGCAUCUCAGCCACACCUCAGCGUCUGACCGCCUUCGAGGAGGCCAUACCUAAGUCCUUCAUGAUUAGUGCAGACAUGGCCCACGCUGUGCACCCAAACUACUCGGACAAGCAUGAAGACAACCAUCGGCCCUUGUUCCAUAAGGGUCCUGUGAUCAAGGUGAACAGCAAGCAACGCUACGCCUCUAAUGCAGUGUCAGAGGCCCUGGUUCGAGAGGUGGCCAGCCAAGUCGGGGUGCCCCUGCAGGACCUCAUGGUCCGCAAUGACUCCCCCUGUGGUACCACCAUUGGGCCUAUCUUGGCUUCUCGACUGGGGCUUCGGGUGCUGGACUUAGGCAGCCCCCAACUGGCCAUGCACUCUAUCAGGGAGACAGCCUGUACCACUGGAGUUCUCCAGACCCUCACCCUCUUCAAGGGCUUCUUUGAGCUGUUCCCCUCGGUCAGCCGUAACCUCUUAGUGGACUGAAGCCUCUCGGAGAGACUGGUCUUCUACCCCUUCGAUGGAGAAGGGAGGAGCAUCUCAGCUUAGCUGGUGGUGGAUUAUUAAAGUGGAUUUUCACUCCA